UGAUGGGAGUCUGUCAUCAGAUGCUUAUUGGCCGCAGCAGGAGCAGUGCGGCUGCAUGCAGAGCGUCUCUGAACUGGGAGAGGCAGAAGACGACGAAGUUCAAAGAGAUCCACGAGCGAGUUCAGCGGCCCACAUCGAGGAGGCUCAGGUAGACCCUCGCAAGUACUCCCACAGCAGCUCUGCAGAGCGCUUCCUGGAGCAGUCCCACUCGUCUCUGGAGCGCGUCUGCGGCCAGUUCACGGAGCUGGACUGCGGCCGCUCCUGCGAUUACAAAGUGGGCUCUCCGUCCUACCUGGAUAAGAUCGCGUGGCGGGAAGGGAAGCCGCAGCACUACUCUGAACCCAAGCUAAUACUGGACCUGUCUCACUGGAGGCACAACAGCAUGUCUGCUCCAAGAGGGGGCAGCGUGGAGAAGCUUCUCACCGAGCCUGGAGAUCUGUUCCAGGAGAUCUCGCGCUGGGUGGAGAGCACGCAGUCUGGGCUCCACUCGCCCGGUUCUCCUCAAGAAGCUCUCACCUCCCCGUGUUCACCUCCUCAGCCGCUGUCUCCUACAAUGCUGCCUCAUUCUCACAUGCAAAUCCCAGCGGCUUUGCAACUGUCCAGCCCUCACGACAGCAGGAGGAGUCCUAACCCGUUCUUCACCGCUCCUCCGUCUCUGCUGCCCACUUCUCCUUCCUCGCCUCAUCACGGUUCAUCAAAUUACCCGUCUUCCUCCAUACGUUGUGAAAAUGAUGAAGAGCCCUCACAGCUGGAUCCUUCCGGGGAAGAACAUUUUGACCUGGACAUGUUUAUCUCUCAGGCUCUGAGGCUGUGUAGUCAGAGCGAGGUACUGGCAGAGAACCCGGACGCUCCCAAAUCGAGCAGCAUUACACAAACUCCAACGCCUGAGAUGGUCAAGGCUCAUGGUUGUCAUAAAGAGCACUGAUUUCCCCCCAUCUUCCACUGGUUGGCCAAACAGAUAGUCCCACACCAAACCCGCACCACUGGUUGCUGUGUUGUAAGAAAAAAAAUCCUCAUCUUCAACAUUAAAACAUCAAUCACCAAAUUAAAACAGGAUAUCAGCAGAUUGUUAUUCUUUGUAAUUUUAAUUCCCAUAAUUUAAUUAGUUAAAAUGCAGACAACUUUCACAAAAAAAGUUCCAAAAAAGAAAGGAAACAGCAAUACAGUACAUAUGCAGAUAUGGGGGUUUUGUUAAAACUAAAGCCCUGUCUUAAGAUGGUACCAGACAGUAACAGCAUAGCAUUCACAUCAUGGCAAUAGAGA